AAUUGUUAAAACUGACACUUUUGCCUUUCGUGGACCGAUCUUCACCUGUUUGAUCAUUUAAAAUAAAUAUGUUUGCAAUGGAUUAACAAAUUCUUUUCUCCCACUGAAAUAGGAGAGGAUGCUUUUGAUAGUAAGUGAAUGCUUGGGAACAUUCAGAGGAGAAGAGAGAACCAGGAAUUGAGAGGGCAAGUUGAAUUGCGAUGGAGGGACAGUGCGGGCAUUUUGGGGGGCAGGGAGGGUUUUCACGAAGCUCACACUCUCCAAACCCUUCGCCGUCGCCGUCACACUCGGCCUCGCUCUCUGUGUCGAGCUCCUCCCAUAAACGCAAGCGCAACCACAGUCACGGCCACAGUCACAGUCGUAACGAAGACCAUGCCGCAUCUUCUUCCCUGCCCAUGUUCCCCCUCAAUAUGCCCCAUCUUAAUAUUUAUUCAAACCUUAACCACAACCAUAAUCAUAAUCAUAACCAUAACAUGAACCUUGGCCAUUCUCUGGGCAUGUCUUCCCUCUCAGAGAGCAGAGAUGGCGCCCUCACCUCUAACGACGAAGACGAUAAUCUCACCGGUGGAGGCAUCCAUUCCCACUCUCAUUCUCAUUCGCAGCUGGACAGUAUGAGCGCUGGCAACACAGAUGGUCCUGACGACGAUGAAGAAGAUGAUGAUGAAGAGGACGAUGAAGAAGACGAAGUGGAAGGGGACAACGACGACGACGACGACGACGACAAUGGUAACGAUGUCUCAGACGACGAAGAAAUGGAAGAAGAUGAGGAGGAUUCCAUGCAUGCUUUUACAGCUGCUCGAUUGGAAAAUGGCCCACCUAAUUCUAAUUCAAGAAUUCUUAAGCCUAAGACAGAAGUAGGUGCUACUGCUGCUGCUGGCGCCACUGCUAAUGCCAAUGUCAAUGUAAAAGCAGAGCCAAUUGUGGAGUCCGAUACCCUCAAUGUCAAACAAGAGAAGAUAACCAAUAAUAAUAACAAUAAUAGCAAUACUGCUGUUUUGCUGAGCACAGCGAAAGAGGAAGGCAACAAGCUCACAGCAUCCCCUGAUAAUAUCCAGACCAGCGGAGCUUAUUGUGCAAGAGAAGAAGCCCUCAAGAAAGAGGAAGAUGCAGGCAAGCUCAAAUUUGUUUGCACCCCCAAUGAUGGAAAGGAUCAGCAUAUGAUAUGGCUUAUUGGAUUAAAAAAUAUCUUUGCAAGGCAACUUCCAAACAUGCCAAAGGAGUAUAUAGUACGGCUUGUAAUGGACAGGAGCCACAAGUCUGUGAUGAUAAUUAAGCAAAAUCAAGUUGUCGGGGGCAUCACAUAUCGACCUUAUCGCAGUCAAAAAUUUGGAGAAAUAGCAUUUUGUGCUAUCACUGCAGAUGAACAAGUGAAAGGCUAUGGGACAAGGUUAAUGAACCAUUUGAAACAACAUGCACGUGAUGAGGAUGGUCUCACAUAUUUUUUAACAUAUGCUGAUAAUAAUGCUGUUGGCUACUUCAUUAAACAGGGUUUUACAAAGGAGAUUUAUUUGGAGAAAGAGAUAUGGAAAGGGUACAUUAAGGACUAUGAUGGAGGCCUCCUCAUGGAGUGCAAACUUGACCCUAAAUUACCUUACACAGAUCUACCAGCUAUGAUUCGCCGUCAACGUCAGACAAUUGAUGAGAGGAUAAGGGAGCUUUCCAAUUGUCAUAUUGUAUAUCCAGGCAUUGACAUUCAAAAGAAAGAAGCAGGUAUUCCUCGGAAGCCCAUCAAGGUUGAGGACCUUCCUGGCUUAAGGGAGGCAGGUUGGGUUCCAGAGCAAUUGGGUCAGUCACGCUUCCGGUUACUGAAUUCUUCCUCAGAGGGUCCACCAAAUCGCCAGGCCCUCCUGAAUUUUAUGCGGGGUCUCUGGAAGGCUAUGAAUGAGCAUGUUGAUGCUUGGCCAUUCAAGGAACCGGUAGAUCCCCGUGAUGUGCCUGACUACUAUGAUAUCAUUAAAGAUCCUAUGGAUUUGAAAACUAUGUGGAAGCGCCUUGAGAGUGAACAAUAUUAUAUAACUUUGGACAUGUUUGUUGCGGAUGUCAAGCGAAUGUUUGCUAAUGCACGAACUUACAAUUCUCCUGAAACAAUUUAUUAUAAAUGCUCAAACAAGUUGGAUAUUUUUUUCGUAAGCAAGCUUCAAGCCGGAAUUCAGGCUAGUAACAAGUGUCAGCAGUAAAGGACUGCGGUAAUCUUUGUUCUAAUGAGAUCAUUGGGAUUGUCUACCUGAUUCUAGCGACCACUGCAUAUUUACUGAUGGAAAACUUCUUUGCUGAUGAGCUUAAUCUUGUCUUUCUCAUCAAGCAGGGGAUAGCAUUUGAGUACUAAGCUGAAAAUAAAAUCUAUGCCAUUUGUUCUGGGUACUCAGAAUUGUUAGCCUGAAAUUGACUAGAUCUCUAUUGUUUAUUUUUAUUAAACUGGUAGGAAUACCGAAUAUGGAUAAAUGUCUGGGAGAGAUCAUGUAAUUGCUAUAAUAUGUAAUAUUUAUUCACGAGUAUUCAAUUGUUUUGUAUGA